AUGGUUGGACAAACUGGUCAGGCGAGCAGGAGUGGUGGCAACUGUGACAAAGAAAAUGACUCUAGCUGCACUGUUCUGUGUUUCCUCAUCGGUGCGUUUGUAAGCCAAACGCAAGGUGAUGUAGUGUCUGAUUUCCAUGAUGAGCCAGAAUGCAUAAAGUUUUUCUACAAAGAAAAAGUGCCAGCAUUGGGGUCUGCCACCCCUGGCACUGCCCGGCUUUGCCAGCACUUUCAGAACAGGUUUCAUUUUGCUACACUAUAUGACACACAUCACCGUAUUGCUGUCUACUCGGCUUACAUCUUUGAGCCCAGCAAUGGAGGAGGAAGAGAAAAACGCUGGUUUGUGGAGCCACAGCUGGUGAACCAGAACUGGGCAGGUGAAAUGAAAGACGGCUAUUGGCUAGGACAAGACUAUCCUGGUAUUUACCAGGGUGAGAGACAGGCUCUGAAUGAGGAUUACACUAACUCAGGGUUCGACCGUGGCCAUCUCAAUCCCAAUGGACACCAUGCAGUGCCGAGUCGUAACGCCACAUUCACUCUCACCAACGUGGUGCCCCAGAACCCUAAACUGAACCAGAAUGCCUGGGCCAAUCAUGAAUCCAACCUGGCUAAGAUGUUCAGAGCUGAGUGUAACAAGGCCUACGUGCUGGUGGGUGCCAUUCCAUCUGCUGACAACUGGAUCAUCAAAAAUAACGUCAAACGCGUCAAUAUUCCAGAGUACAUAUGGAACGCAUACUGCUGCACCAAUCAGAAUGGCUCUCCUAUUCGCAGCGGGGCAGCGAUCGCCCUCAAUACUGAGCAGAACCUAGUUGAACAGUACACACUAAGCGAGCUGAAUACUUUCUUCCAGUUUUACUCCAUCACACCAGUAGGGGAGCUGUUCCAAAAUCAGUGCCAAUAACAGGUUGUAAAGUCACAACACGACAUGAAAAAAGCAAAAAUGUAAAUAUGUUGAAGGCCUGAAAUGCAGAAAUGGAUGUAUAUCAACAACUGAAACAAAACAUGAAAUA